UUCAGUUGAUUUCCGAUAGCAAGCGCAGCGAAGACUAGCAGAUCUAGCGAAAUGAGUUGCGGAACUAAAACCUUGAAGGUGUCAUCCUUCGUUUUGGAUUUUCUGUGCUGUGUUUUGGCGGCACUGACCAUCGCGGCAUGUUCCUAUGCCCUGAUCGCAUUUAGCCACAGCAUGGCCAUCCGGGUGCCAUGCAUCUUGGGGAUUGUCCUUGGAGCCCUGCUCUUCUUCAGCACGAUCUUUGGCUGCAUUGCUGCACUAAAAGAGAGCAUCCGAAUGACCUGGAUCUAUGCCGUGGUCAUGUUAGCCCUGAUCUUCGGACAGAUCACUGUGAUCUUCGCGCAACCCAUCAACUUUGAACUCCUGGCUAACGAGACGAUAUACGACGCCUGGCAAGGUCAACUGUAUCACCAGGGCAGCAUGUCCUUCUACGAGAUCAAGUAUCACUGCUGCGGAAAGACGGGGCCCAAAGACUAUCCGGACAGCGGCCUGCGAGUUCCCCAGAGUUGCUACUUCAACCAGAAUGCGACGGUGAGCACGGAUCUCUACACCGAAGGAUGUGAUAAGAAACUGGCUGCGGCCUACAUCAAGGGUACUCGCUACGAGCGUAUCAGUGAUUGGUCUGUGGUGGGUGUGGAGAUACUCACCGUCAUCUUCGCCGGACUUCUGGCCAUAACCCUACAGAACGCGCAGAGACGUCGUCUUUACCGCUAGAAGCUGGUCUAUACUUAAUAUUAGUAAAUAUAUGUACUUAGUAAAUGUGUUCCUAAAUCUUAAAAUACUCAAAUACAACAAUAUUUUAGGAU